GUGCAGGUGAUGGCCGCAGCGUGCUGGUGGCGCUGUCUACACAUCGAUUGUUUACCUCUGUUACCUCAGCCUCUCACUGCCUCACUAUAACACUCUACAAUAUUAUUACUAUACAAUCACUAUGGAGGAAGGUAUUCUUUCACUGCGAUGGAAUAAUCAUCGUUCGACUUUUUUCCACGUUUUAUCAACACUUCAUCGUAAGGAAUUGUACAGUGAUGUGACAUUGGCUUGUGAUGGUAAAUUUUUUCCUGUGCACAAGAUGGUGCUCUCAGUUUGUAGUGAAUACUUUGAGGAAAUGUUUAAGCAAACAGAUUGCAAGCACCCGAUUAUUGUACUUAAAGAUAUUCUACAUGAUGAUCUCGAGGCCCUCCUUAACUACAUGUAUGCGGGAGAAGCAAACGUUGUGCAGAGUGAUUUGGCCAGAUUAAUAAAGUCUGCUGAGUGCUUAAGAAUUAAGGGUUUGGCCGUCCCUGAUGAAGCUCCACAUUUAAGUGACAGUAAAAGACCCCAUACAGAUAGCCACAGAGAUGAAAGUCAUCACUCAAAGCGGAGAAAACACGAUGACCAUUCAAUAUCCUCUUCAAAAUCCAACCAGAGUUACACCAGAGAAAGACAAUACUCUGUUGAGAGAGAGUCCAAUAAAGACACAAAUGAUACUGACAUUGUUGCUAGUGGUCACCAAAUAGGUAGUCAUCGGGGAAAUAGUGGUCCAAAUGCAGUCACCCAACACCAUCAUUCCUCUAGUCCAAACUCAAACAUGGAUAUGGACAUGGGAAGAUGCAGCAGAGAAGAAAAUAGUGGUACACAAGACCUUGCUGAGGUGGUCUUAGAGGAAGAAACAGUAAUUAAGGAAGAAAUACCUGAAACCAAACAUGAACAUGAGGAUGAGAUUACCAGACUCACAGACUCUGAGGCAAGCAUAAACUAUGAUCCGCUAAAUUCUGUGGAUGAUAAAGGUGGUACAGGAGGCAUGGCGGGGAUGUUCAGUCCUCAGAUAAUAUCAAGUCAUCCACAAAAUGUAUUACAAGAUAUUAUGGUGCAAGGAGUACCUGGACCCUCAGCACUGCCAGCGGUGAGUAUCACUUAAACGUUGGAGCAGUUACUGAAAUGUUGGUAGCGCUUAGGUUACUACAAUUGUCACAGUACAGUACAGUAGGGCCCUAUUUUCUGAGGUUCUGUGUUACAAGGUUUCACACUUAAAACAUUGGCAUUUAGGAACCAUGUAACUAUGUGCAAAUGGAUGUAUGUCAAUCGCUGCAUGAUCUGAGAAAGGUAUCCCCAUAUUCCACAAACCCAGCCUCCUCUACUUCAGUGUAAGCAAAAGGAAUGGUGGAGGGUGGUCAUAAGAGUCCACCAUAAUAUGUAGAAGUUUUAAUAACCGUGUAUGUGUGUGUGCAGGUGAAUUUCUGCAUACAUGCACUUUUAUAUGUAUACAUGUGUAUAUGUUUCCAUAGGGAAGUGGAACAGAAUUCUUCCUCCGUAAGCCAUGUGUGUCGUAAGAGGCGACUAAAAUGCCAGGAGCAAGGGGCUAGUAACCUGUAUCAAACUUGUCCUUACUUUCUAAAAUAUUUGACAAAAUAAUACACAAACAACUUUAUGCCUACCUUAUAUCCAGCAACAUACUUAACUCCUGUCAGUUUGUCUUUAGACCAAAAAAAAGUAUGAAUGAUGCAAUUAUACAAAUGCUUGAACUAAUACACUGUAUAUACAGCCCUCAAUAAAAAUGAAU